AUGUCAAAAAGAUUUGACGUGAAGGAUUUGGGAAAAAGAUACAUUUUCCAGGCGUUAGUAGAUCUCGACUUUGUUUUUGUUUACCUUGACAAUGUGUUCAUCUUCUCUUCUUUCAUUAAAAAGCACGAAGAGCACCUUCACACUGUUUUUGGAACAUUGAAACAGUUCAGCCUCAGACUGAAUGUUUCUAAAUGUGAGUUCGGUAAAACGGACCUUGUCUUUCUUGGUCAUAUUGUUUCUUCCAAGAGUUCUCAGCCCUGCUCAAAGAAGGUAGAUGCCAUCCUCGACUUCCCUUUGCCAGUCACGAUUGCAGAUCUUCGCAGAUUCCUAGGGCUGAUCAACUUCUAUCGUCGUUGGCUUCCUCAGGCAGCCUCCUUACAGGCCCUUCUCUUUGAUUACACGGCUGAUUCAAAGAAAAACGAUCAGAGAGUCAUUGACUGGUCUCGAGAAGCCAAGCAAGCCUUUCAAACUACCAAGAGUCACUUGGCUGAGGCUACUCUCCUGGUCUAUCCAUCUUCUGAUGCAGAAGCACGUCUCGUUACAGACGCUUCUGAUGUUGCCGUGGGUGCUACCCUUGAGCAACUCUUCGAGGGAGACUGGAAACCCCUGGCAUUCUUUUCUAGAAAAUUAAGCCAAGCUCAAAACAAAACUACAGUGCGUACGAUUUUCACUACUGUCAUCGAAUACUUGCCAGGUUUGUCAAAUGUUGUGGCUGAUGCACUAUCUAGAGUAGAAGUCAUUCACCUUCCUCUUGAGUUAGAGCUUCCUAAACUGGCCAAGGAGCAACAACAGGACUCUAAGCUCUCAGAGCUGCUAAAAUCUCUUGCCCAUUCUCUCAAUCUAAAAUCCAUUAAAUUGGGUCACAGCCACACUAGUCUUUAUUGUGCUCUCAUUAGUAAGAUAAUUCGUCCUUUUAUUCGUAAAUCUCUACGUAGAAAAAUUUUUGAUUUAACUCAUUCCGCAUCUCACCUGGGUACGAAAGUUACUGAUCUGCUCAUCAAACAAAAACAUGUCAAAAACGAGCCUUUACAAUUCAUCGCUCCAGAUGAUCGGUUUCACCAUGUCCAUAUGGUCUUGGUUGGCCCUCUUAAUACCUCCCAAGGCUACUCUUACAUUCUCACGAUGAUUGACAGAUUCUCUAGGUGGGUGGAGGGUAUUCCUCUUAAGGAUAUGUCCACUGGUUCUUCGAGCGUUUCAGGAAUCUUGGGUUGCUCGCUUUGGAGCACCCAGAUUUUUGACCACCAAUCAGGGAUCGCAAUUCCAGUACAGCUCUUCCAAGCCUAUCUUUUUUUUCUCGGUUUUGAGAGAAAAAGAACGUUGGCUUAUCAUCCUGCUGCUAAUGGCAUGAUUGAGCGGUGGCAUCGUAGCUUUAAGGCGGCCGUGAUGUGUCACAAUAAUGCAGAUUGGAUCAAUUUUUUGCCCUUAGUGCUUCUUGGUCUACGUAGGGCAGUAAGAAGUGACACAAGUGCUUCCCCUUCGGAUUUUCUUUAUGGUACAAAUCUAAGGGUACCGAGGGAAUUCUUUCUUCCCAGCGAUUUCACUGCUGAUACUCAGAUUUUCAUUGAGAACUACAGAGAGCAUAUAAAAAAACUCGGACCUGUACCCAUCACACGCAGAUAUAAGCUCCGUGCUUUCUUUUUGAAGGAUUCACACCCCUUGAGCUUUCAAAGCCAGCACGUUUUGUCCCUGAUGACUUGGCUACUCCAGUGCUUGCUGACAGCUCUCAGGGAGUUCAAGAUUCUACUCCUCCUAUCCAUAUCCUUAAAACCUAUAUGUUACAAUCCAGAUGGACAACCUACAAGGCCAUCAAAUGCUUUCAAACACCCUUUUGUUCAACAACAACUUAUGUAA